AUGCCGUCGGUGCCGGUCCACCUACCUUCCGCAAUACCCUCUCGCGCUGAGAAUCCUCUCCCACAGCUCCUCCACACACCCUCCGGCCUAGCACUCGUAGAGAUACAAGGCACGAUUCAUUUUCCGACGCCUACUGACUCGUCUGUACCCUCCACACAAGUCGGCAAACUUGUCUUCCCACACUACAACCCCGACAUCAACGACCCGAGCGACACAAAGUGGAUGAAGCGCUUAUACAUGUACAUUGGCAAAGGUCAGCGCAUGACGGGCGAGUGCAAGAAGCUGCUUAAGCCGUACGGCGUUAUCCGCAAGAGGGAGAAGACAGACGUUGAGAAUGUAGACAUGGGUGGUGUUGAACAAGAAGAUGGUGCUCAGGAGGAAGAGCUGGAGAUUGUCGAGGUGGUGAGGUACAAGGUUGUGUUUUCUGCACGACCGGAGCCUAUCAGUGGGGUUGCUGAGGUGAAAUGA